AUGGGUGAUACAGCUGCUAAUUUAAGCGUAGAAAAAAGAUACGAUCACUUAAAAUUAUUUUUUAGUAACAUCGCUGGUUUAAUUUUUGAAUUAAAAGACUUAAUGAAAGUUCAUGAAAUUUUAAUUUAUAAAGCAAAAUUAGAAAGUAGUGAAAAAGGAAAUUUUAAAAAAUAUCAAGAAGAACUUACCGCAUUAAAGCAAAAAUUUGAAAUAAUAAAAAAAGAAAACGAUAAAAUGGAGAGCCAAUUAAAAUAUUAUAAAUCUAUUAAUGAUUCUAUAAAUUCUCAAAUUAAUCAUUCAUCAGAUAACAUAAAAAAAAUGAAAUCAAAUAUAAUCUUAGAAGAACAAAAGAAAGUAGAAAUGAAAAAAUAUAUAAAUGAUCUAAAAUGCAAAUAUUGUAAAGCUUUAAAACAAAAGCAAAUACUAGACGAUAACUUUCUACAUUUGACAAAAGAAAACAAAGAAUCCUACAAGGAAAAUAAAGAAAUUAAUAAUUUAUUUAAAGAAUUAGAGACUAAAAUUGAAUCUACUACUUUUCAUAAUGAAAACGAGAAUGUAAAAGACAAGUAUGUAAAUAAAAUUUUCUUUUUACUCAUUUUGAUUUUAAAAAAACUUAAUAUAUAUUUCUUUCUAAUUUAA